AUGGAGACUAGCAGACCCGCGGCUAGCCUACAGCACAGAUCGAGGGCUCAGGGUGAGCAGAGGGUCUGCCAGACGACAGCAGAGGAGGAGGCAGGAGCUGGUGGGAAGGCAGACAUUUGUAAGUCUCUGGAAAGACCAAACGCCAAAGUGACCAUUAAACCUGCUCAACAUGUAUUCAGAGGAGACACAGUCACUCUCAGAUGUGACAUAUAUGGUGAAGGAGUCACUAGCUGGAGCUACAGCUGGUAUAAAGAAGGUUCAACCAGUGUUUUCAGUAAUCGACAGGAACACACAUUCAGUUCUGUUACUGAGUCUGACGCAGGUAAAUACUCCUGUAAAGGAUCAGAGACAGAAGGAUCACGCUGGUCACAAAUGAGUGAUGCAGUUACACUGACAGUAUCAGAUCCCAGAGCAGUUUUAAGUGUUUCUCUACAGAAGUGGGUGACUGAAGGUGAUCCAGUGACUCUGAUCUGUGAGGUUUACAGUUUCUCUACAGGCUGGACAUUCAGCUGGUUCACUUUAACUGUCUCAGCAGACAGCAGCAGAGGAGCAGGAGGAAACUACACUGUCAGUUCUGCUGCUCUAAAUCACACAGGAGUUUAUUCGUGCAGAGCAGAGAGAGAGAAAUCAGCCUAUAAAACACAGUUCAGCAACACACAGCUGCUGUGGGUCACUGGUGUUUCUCCUCCAGUCUCUCUGAUCGUCAGUCCCAGCAGAACUCAACACUUCACAUCUGUCUCUCUCUCUCUGAGCUGUGAGGACCAGAGUAACUCUACUGGAUGGAGAGUGAGAAGAUACACAGUCCGCAAGGGACUGGGGGAUUGUUCAUCAUUACGUCGAGGAUCACAAACAGGAUCUACAUGUACAAUCAGCUCCACCAACACAUCAGACACUGGAGUGUACUGGUGUGAGUCUGAAUCUGGAGAGAAACAUCAUCCUGUUAAUAUCACUAUACACUUAUCUGGUGUGAUUCUGGAGAGUCCUGUUCAUCCUGUGACUGAAGGAGAUCAUCUGACUCUACGCUGUUUAUAUCGAUACACAACCUCACCAAACCUCAGAGCUGAUUUCUAUAAAGAUGGAUCACUCAUCCAGAAUCAAACUACAGAGAUGAGCAUCACUACUGUCUCAAAGUCACAUGAGGGUUUCUACUACUGCAAACACCCAGAGAGAGGAGAGUCACCCAAGAGCUGGAUCUCAGUCAGAGCUUCUGCAGACUCAAGAUCUGAUGGUCUCAAACCCAUAAUAACUGGAGUGACUGCAGGACUGACUGUCACAGUUUUGAUCAUUGUCUGCUUUGUCCUCCUGUGGUGCUACAGAAACUACAAAGGUGGAAGAUCUCAGUCUCCCUCUACUGUCAGUCAACAGCAGAACAGCAGCCAGACAUCAGACCAGAGCCAGAGUGAAGCCGGAUAUAAUACGCUGCUGUCUGACAGUGCAAGUGAGUCUUCUGAACAUGUGUAUGCUGAGAUUGAACUGAAAUCUCCAACAAAACAGAAGAAAAAGAAAGAAAACAAUGAGAAUAAAAUGGAGACUUCUGGCUGCAUUUACUCUAAUCUAAUACUGCAAACAGAUCAAGGUUUAUUUGCUGCGUUUGAGCCAGUCUCUCCAGGGCGUCUGGUUCUGCUCCGGGCUGAUCUCUGA